ACGCGGGCGCGCCAGUCAGUCGCUGGCCGGGCGCGAGCAAGCAUCGUCCGCUGUGCCAAGGGCGUGCGUGCGUGCCACGCGUGACACGGGGCGUGACGCGAGCGUGACGCGAGCGUGACGUGAAAGUGACGAUGAUGGCGUAGUGGCCCCAGGAUGUCGACGCUCAUGACGACCCCCACGCCAGGGAUGGUCUCGCCGCCAGCGCCCUUCAGCCUGGACGCCAUCCGCAGACAAGUGCUGCACCGGGUGGACAUGCCGGGCCUGCACAAGGACGAGGACGACGACGAAGAGGACAACACCAUGGCCGCGGCCACGCAAGACGUGGGCAUGAACGGGGACUGCGAGGAGGAGGACGCCGAGGACGAGGGCGCCGAGGAGGGCUGCAGUGUGGGCGACGCGGAGGGGGACGCCGACGGCGACGACGAGGCCCCGCGGCAGCCCAGCGCGGACGACGAGCCGCGCAGGAACAAGCGCAAGAACUUCAAGCCCCGCAACAUCCUGUACGACGAGGACAACCCCCAGGCGCCGGGCGCGCCCGCCCCGGGACACGGCGGCGGCGCGUCGGACUCGGACGGCGACGAGCAGCAGCACGGCCUGCAGCACGGCCUGCCGCACGGCAUGGACGCGGACCUGGCGGCCGCCGGCAUCCUGGACGCGCACGGCGUCAAGCGGCGCAGCAGGAAGCCGCUGUUCGCGCCGCAGAAGCGGUACGCGGCGGAGGAGGGCGGCUCGCCCGUGCCGAGGUUCGGCGCCCUGGACCUGAGCGCGCAGGGCCUGCAGGGCGGGCAGCAGCCCGAGAACGAGGACGACAGCUCGGCCUUCGGCGAGGACGACGACAGCAGGUCCUCGUACCCCACGCUCAACCACCUCAACAGCGGCCCGGAGGACGAGAGCUCCGACGUGAACCUGAGCGACGGCGGCGGUGGCGGCGGCGUGGCGCCCAGCGUGUCCAUGCUGAGCCGGAACCACCUGCUGAAGCCGCGAGUGCAAGUGCGGACUCACAUGGAGCGGGACAGGGACAGCUCCAGCGCGGCGGACGGUGACUCCAGCCUGGACUUGUCCAGCUCGGACGGCCGCCUCUUCGGCCGCCAGCAGGUCUUCGGCGCGCCCGACGCCAGCCCCCGCGGCCCCGGCAGCAGCUCGCCGUCGGCGGAGGACGCCCUGGCCGCGGACCUGUCGCGCGCCAGGGACCUGGACGGCAUGCUGGGUGCGGCCAGCCCGCUGGGCACCAUGGCGGCGCACAUGGCGGCGGCCGCGGCGUUCCGGCGGCAGGGCGGCGCCAUGGGCCCCGAGCAGAACGCCAUGAAGGAGUUCGCCGAGAAGACCAUGAGGGAGCUGCUGGGCAUCUACGGCAUCGGCGCCGCGGACUUCGGGGAGCCCCUCAGCGGCCUGCCCAUGGCCAACUUCGCCUCAGGGAAGAUGCUGGAGGCGCUGGGGGGCGGCGCCCUCAACCUGGGCUUGGCGCGGGCCGCCGCGGUGAUGCUGCCCCAGAACCUGCACACCAUCCUGACGCUGGCGGCGCUGCAGGACCAGGGCAUCGCGGCCAAGGCCAUCCGGACGCCCUCCAUGCCCAUGCUGGACGCCAAGAGUGAAAUUCCAAACUCUUUGAAUUUUUGA